CAUGACCAGAACAUGUAAUGUUUGCCUGAGACGAGCUACUUCAGGAUGGCUCGCUUCUUGGCUUUGUCGUUUCUGGAAAACACAAUCUGAAUUCAUAUUCUGGUCACAUUCAAACUGGCUGAAAUAGCUUUCCACAUGUUCUAACGGCUUCCCCAUCUCUAGGCUUGGAAUAAUGUGGUCCCAGUUGUUUGAACAAGGAUUUCGGCGAAUAGGGGGAUUGGAUCAAGUCGGCCUGACGAUUCUUCCCCUCGCCCUUGACAGGCAAGGUCAACCUUGUAUAUUCCAAAAGAUGGGUGGGGAAGUCGAUCUUUUGCACAAUGAGUAUUUUCUUGCAGGGAGGUUGGCCCUCAAGAUGUAUAACAUGAAGGGGCUGGUCCUCUUACUUUGAGGAGUUGUUGACGGUUUUGUGCUUCUAUAGUAUACUUCAACAUGGCGGACGUGGACCUCACACAGAACCGGCAAGGGGAGUUGAGGGCUACGACCAUCGCGAUUACCCUUCUUGCUGUCUUUUUUGUUGUUCUCCGAUUCAUUUCUAGGCGGAUGAAAGGGAUUGGUAUUGGUGCUGAUGACAUUAUGAUACUUGUCGCUUUGUUCUUCCUUUUCGCAGCAUCCGUGACAUGUAUAAUAGGAGUCGAAUAUGGACUGGGGAAGCACAUGGCUGCGUUGAGCCUACCAGAAAUUGUUUCGUAUGCCAAGUCUCUGAUCGCGUUUGAAUGUCUAUACGUCACUUGCGUAUGUUUUACUAAAAUCGCUUUGUUGCUGAUGUAUCUUCGGAUUUUCCCAGUCCGAAGCAUCCAAAUUGGCGCUUAUGUCCUCAGCGCUUUGUCCAUAUCUUGGUGCAUCUCUAUCAUCAUGGUCUCAAUCUUCCAAUGUACGCCCAUCGCAAGAACCUGGAACCCCACACUCCCAGGACACUGCAUCAACCUCAAAGGGUCAUUCAUCGGCAAUGCGAUUCCAAACAUUUUGACUGAUGUAGCAAUCUUGGCGUUACCGAUGCAACAAGUCUGGAGCUUGCACACAAGUACGAUGCAGAAGGCUCAAAUUUCUUUUGUAUUUCUCCUGGGUAGUUUUGUUAUUUUCACAAGCAUUUACCGCUUCACAACUCUCUUCCAGUUCCAGCCAGCAGAUAUCACCUGGACUCUAGCAACUGCUGAAGUAUGGUGCGUCGUGGAGUCCGCAUCAGGAAUCAUCUCAGCAUGCCUUCCAACUCUCGGACAUCUUAUUCAAGUAUGCUCGCGUAAGCUAGGAGUUACAAGCGGAUUGACAUGGAGCUCGCGCGCUCGUACACCCGACCCAAGUACGCAACUCCAGACCAUCGGUGGCGGUGGAGGAAAGUCGAACAACAGCAAGAUCAUGAACAGUGGGACAUACGAUGAUAUAAAGCUGAAGACGAAUAAUCAGAGGCCAUUCAGAAGACUGUCAGGCCAGUCUGCUAUGUCGGGAUUGACCGAAGAGCAGAACGACUGGGAACAACACAGUAACAUGAAGUCGACCGUCAGAACACAUGAUGUGGAAAGUGUAGGCAGCGACGAGGUGCCAUUACGGAAGAUUGUCAUAAAGACAGAGCUGGAAUGGCAAGAGACGACUAAGAAGAGUGAUGGAGGAUAUUUCUGAUCUCGUCAAUCAGUCCAUAGCGACGAUACGAUACGUGUAGGAGUAAUGAGGCUGGGGUUGUAAGUGGUAGUCAAGGACGACCGGGAUACAAUUACCAGCAUGGAGCGCGCAAAGAUACGCAGCAAUGGCUCAAACAUGUAUGCCACAUUUCAAGUAGGG